GCGGCGCUGCAGCGUGCGGCGGGUGGAGAGGCCAUGGCGCUGCCCGGCGACCUGUGGGCAGAGCUGCCGGCCGAGCGCCGCAUCUUCUGCUCCGUCCUGGUCUUCUCGUGGGCCGUCUACCUCUGGGAGGCCUUCCUGGCGCACCGGCAGAGGCGGGUGUAUAGAACAACAACACAUGUACCACAGGAACUGGGACAGAUCAUGGACUCAGAAACAUUUGAAAAGUCUCGUCUCUAUCAGCUAGACAAAAGUACUUUCAGCUUUUGGUCAGGCCUCUAUUCAGAGGUUGAGGGCACUAUGAUUCUCCUCUGUGGAGGAAUUCCUUUUCUCUGGAAACUGUCUGGUCAGAUCUCUGGUCGUGCUGGGUUUGGACCAGAAUAUGAGAUUGUUCAGUCAUUGGUAUUUCUACUGCUUGCAACACUCUUCAGUGCAGUGACUGGUCUCCCAUGGAGUUUGUAUAAUACAUUUGUCAUAGAAGAGAAACAUGGCUUCAAUCAACAGACGCUGGGAUUUUUUUUUAAGGAUGCUAUCAAGAAGUUUGUUGUGACUCAGUGUAUUCUGUUGCCAGUGACAUCCCUUCUGCUUUACAUUAUUAAAAUAGGGGGAGACUACUUCUUUAUCUAUGCCUGGCUCUUCACAUUAGUUGUUUCCUUGGUGCUUGUUACAAUCUAUGCAGACUAUAUUGCACCUUUGUUUGAUAAAUUCAUUCCACUUCCGGAGGGAGAGCUCAAGCAACAAAUUGAAACAAUGGCAAAGAGCAUUGACUUCCCAUUGACUAAGGUGUAUGUUGUUGAAGGUUCUAAGCGUUCUUCCCACAGCAAUGCUUAUUUCUAUGGAUUCUUCAAGAAUAAGCGGAUAGUACUCUUUGACACACUCCUGGAAGACUAUUCUGCUUUGAACAAAGAACCAGCAGAAGGAGAAGAUGGUGAGAAUGAAGAAACAAAGUCUAAAACCAAAAAUAAGAAACAAGGAUGUAAAAAUGAAGAAGUUCUGGCUGUACUCGGUCAUGAAUUGGGUCACUGGAAACUAGGUCAUACUGUCAAAAAUAUAAUCAUCAGCCAGAUGAAUUCCUUCCUUUGCUUCUUCUUGUUUGCUGUGCUAAUUGGUCAGAAAGAACUCUUUGCUGCAUUUGGUUUCUAUGACACCCAACCUACCCUGAUAGGCUUGAUGAUUAUUUUCCAGUUCAUUUUUUCACCUUACAAUGAGGUUCUCUCAUUUUGUUUGACUGUAUUAAGCCGACGAUUUGAGUUUCAAGCAGAUGCAUUUGCCAAGGAACUUGGGAAGGCUAAAGACCUAUAUUCUGCUUUGAUCAAGCUAAACAAAGAUAAUUUAGGAUUCCCUGUUUCUGACUGGAUCUUUUCAAUGUGGCAUUACUCCCACCCACCCCUUUUAGAAAGACUUCAGGCCUUGAAAGAUGCAAAGCAAGAGUGACAGCAAUGAUUGCUGGUUCAGAGACAGUGCUUCCAUCUCAGAAGCAAAGUUCAGAGCGGCUUUUUAGUUUUUUUUAAAUGGAUAAUGCAAAUUAGUGCACUGUUAACAGCACCACAGAUCUGAGUAUCCUGAAACAGGUAUUAAAUUAUAAAUGACUUAUUUUUAACAAAAACAAAACCGUGGAACUUAAUUUAGAAAAAGUGCUGGGUGAAGACCUUCCCCCCCACCCACACACUGACUUUUAUUUCCAUAUCAUAGUAUAGACUUUUAAAGGGACAAAAACAAGUAUAGACUUCAAAGCACCUUUUACUUCAGUUUAUGUAUGCCUUGAACAUUGCUUUUGGUCCUUUUUCUAUUCUCAGCAUUCUGUGAACCUUCCCAGUCUCACCCUCUUCACAGUGAAGAGGCUUUGGGUGACUUGAUUUCCUGUGUAAUGAUAGUUGUACUUGCCAGUGUGUUUUAAAAAGCUGAAUGCAGCUGCAGGCUUUUCUCCUGCAUUCAUGUCUGUCAUAAUGAAAAAUGCUACUUAAUAAAACCCUCUUUUUCUGAA